UAUGUUCGAUUCUACUCAAAGGGUGGCGCAAUCGCUUUGUGGCGCCGUGAGGGGGCUUUGAGUGGAUUCGGUCAUCCAGCAACACCGUCCAUCAAAGUUGUCAGACAAGGCGAGGCGGGAGAGCCCAGACACGCGAACGCGCAGAUACUGGAUGGGAACGAGGCGUUAGAGUGGUGUGUUGACCUGAGCGCGCAGUAGCCUGGAGUUACCGUGUCAGAGAGUACGAGGCAACAAAAAAGUUUAUUCCUAAACCUCUCCGAUAAAAUAGGCUUUUUGGGAAGAGCGCCGAACACAGCUGAUAGAGAGAACUGUGCAGAGGAACCCAGUGAGAUGUGGACCCUUCCAGCCCCUGGACUGUGAGACCCACACAGACCCAGUGUGAGUCAUGUCAGAGAGGGAUGGGCACUAUGACCGGCCAAUGGCUCCAGGCCAGGUCUACAUUGAGGUGGAGUAUGAUUACGAAUACAAGGCUAAAGACAGACUCAUCUCCAUAAGACAGGGAGAAUGCUACCAGCUAGUGCGCAAAACCAACGAGGACUGGUGGCAGGUCCGUGGAGAGGAGGGCACCAAAGCCUUCUACGUGCCAGCCCAGUAUGUCCGAGAGGUACGGCGGGCGCUCAUGCCGCCCCUGAAACCUCUGCUCCCGCCGGGAGCGCUCCGACCCAAACCCACCAUGCUGGAUCUCAGCCGAUCGUCCAAUGAGAAUCUCAGCCAACGCUCGGGGGAAAUGUCCAGCUUCGGGCGUCCGUCUCCCUCGAACACACCCUCCCCGUCUCCCGGGCAGCACACCCCCCCUUCGCUGCUGCGGGACGCCAAUCAAAACCCGGGCAUGAAGGGCGUGCUGGCAGAGCUUUCCCUCCUUAGCAACUAUAACCAUCACCAUGGUAACACGUUGCCCCGCACGCGGGCAGAGUCACCGCCAGACGGUGAGCGGGGUAGCCAGGGUAACCUUCCGGGCGGGUUGCCGUUGGAUACGGACACGUGCGCGUCCCUUCACGGUGACUCACCUGGGGAAGGAUCGGAAAAACUGCGGAACGAUUCGGAGUCUGGAGAUGAGCUUAGCAGUAGCUCCACAGAGCACAUGCAGACGGUGUCUCCCACCGGGCAGGGUCGUGCUGAAUCUCCUGUCUACACGAACCUGCAGGAGCUGAAGAUCUCCCAGUCUAGCCUGCCACCCCUGCCCUCCUCCUCUCCCCUGCACAUACUGGGAGACUGGGAGACGCAUAAGGACCAGAGCGGACGGCACUUCUACUACAACCGCACUACGCAAGAGAGGACCUGGAAACCACCUCGCAUGAGAGACGCAGGGGGCAGCCGCGGGGACACAGCCAGCACGGGGGACAUGGAGCCACUAUCAUCUGAAGAGAACUGUCCCAGCACUCACUCUAGUCAGUCAGACAGUCAGUAUGGAUCGCCCCCUAGAGGCUGGUCAGAGGAACUGGAUGAGCACGGACACACACUCUAUGUGUGCGAAUAUACCAAUGAGAAGUGGAUAAAACACGUGGAUGAGCAGGGAAGGCCGUAUUACUACAGCGCAGAUGGGUCGCGUUCAGAAUGGGAACUGCCCAAAUACAAUCUCUCUCCACCAAACCCUGGAGACAGUGCGAAGAGUCGCAGCCUGGACAGGAAGCAGCCUGAUCCCAUUGUCCUGACCAAGUGGAGACACAGCACUUAUGUACUGGAGCUUAACGACAAGGAGUCUGGGAAUGUGCCCAAACAGAGCUCCCCUGACUCAGACUACUGCCCCUCAUCACCUAAACACCCCUCCACCCCAUCUGAGAAAUGUGGAGUCCUCAACGUCACCAAGAUCACUGAAAAUGGCAAAAAAGUCAGGAAAAACUGGGCCUCAACAUGGACGGUUCUACAGGGUUCUACUCUGCUCUUUGCUAAGGGUCAGGGUAGUGGCACUAGUUGGUUUGGAGGAAACCAGUCCAAACCAGAAUUUACCAUUGACCUUCGAGGAGGUUCAGUGGAAUGGGCAUCCAAAGACAAAUCCAGCAAGAAACAUGUUAUUGAGCUGAAAACCCGACAGGGCACAGAACUGCUGAUUCAGUCUGAGAUUGAUAGUGUUAUCAAUGACUGGUACAGAGCCCUCACUGAAACAGUCAAUACACAUGCCUGGGAGUCUGAUGAAGCUAUUGAAGAAGACAUGCCAGAAUCUCCAGGAACAGAGAAACAAGACAAAGAAAAAGAUCACAGAGACUCAAAGAAAUCCAGAGCCAUGAAGAAUUCUGCCAGCAUGGAAUCAUCAGAGCAGAAGAAGACGAGAGUCAAACUAAAGAAGUUUCUCACACGCAGACCUACUCUACAAGCUGUCAGAGACAAGGGUUACAUCAAAGAUCAGGUGUUUGGUUCCAGUCUGACCAGUCUGUGUCAGAGAGAGGGGACACUGGUGCCCAACUUUGUCAAGAUGUGCAUUGAUCAUGUUGAGAACACAGGGUUGAAUAUUGAUGGCUUGUACAGAGUCAGUGGGAAUCUAGCAGUUAUUCAGAAACUGCGCUUUGCAGUCAAUCACGAUGAGAAGGUGAACCUGGACGACAGUAAGUGGGAAGACAUCCAUGUUACUACAGGUGCUCUCAAGAUGUUCUUCCGUGAGCUUCCGGAACCUCUCUUCACUUACAGCUCUUUCAAUGACUUUGUCAAUGCCAUCAAAUGUCCAGACUACAAGCAACGUGUCCAGUCAAUAAAAGAUUUAAUAAAGCUGUUGCCGAAACCAAAUCAAGAAACAAUGCAAGUUCUGUUCAAACACCUGAGAAGAGUGAUGGAGCAUGGGGAGAUGAACAGAAUGACGUCUCAGAGUGUGGCCAUUGUGUUUGGACCGACGCUGCUGAGGCCAGAGACGGAAACGGGCAACAUGGCCGUACACAUGGUCUAUCAGAACCAGAUUGUGGAGCUCAUCCUCCUGGAGUACGAAAACAUUUUCGGCAGGUAGAGAAGACACCCCCGGCCCGCGCCAGGGAGACAUCAGAAAUAUCACCGCAAACGCAAAAACCACAUCCAGGCCUUUUGACGAGCGUUCCCAUUGCUUUGGACCAAGCCUAUGAGAUACCAUAGAGAGGAUGUGCAUGAGCAGCUGUGAUUCAUGAGGAGUUUAAGUGAUUAAUACAGGAAACUAGUGAAGGACUCUAUGCACUUAAUAUUUUGAGCUUCGAAGAUGUACAGAUAUCAGUUUUCUCUCUCUUUUUUUUUUUUAAUUCGGUUUGCCAUUCCUGAGUGGUAGCUACCUCUGCUCAUGGCUGUGAAUAAGUCAGAAUGGACAUUGGGCAGCGUUGGACAGUACAUUGUUUAAUUGAGGACCUUUGGUGUGUGUGUGUGUGUGUGUGUGUAUGUGUGUGUAGUGUGUUUAAGUCAAAAUCAGGGUUGCUCAUCCUGCACUGGACUCGUAGUUUGGCCAGUAUUGACAAAAUGGAGAGGACUUUGUAUGGACUCAGUGGACGAGAGAGAGAGAGAGAAUUGUUGCGUGCUUUUUCUGAGGCAUGAUAACAGUUCAGGGUGAGAGAGAUGUUUGGGCAGAUGGGAAUGACAUACAUUUCAGUCUGGUGUACUCUGUCAUAUGGGCGGAGCUGGACACGCACUCUCUGGGUUUCCUCAGUCUUUUGGGAAUACGCUGCAAAUGAAUGGCAUUGGAAAUCAGCAUUACUGGACUUUAACUACUGAUUCGCAAGAAUAAAGAGCAUGGCUCCAAAAAAAGACUGUGGCUAACUAUCAGUAUUAGGACUAAGAUUUACUCUGCCCAGUGGAAAAGUCCAGAAAAUGUCACUGGUUCUCUUCUCCUCCUCCCUUCAAUUUAAAAUAGCCUUUCUCCUAAAAGACUGCAUUUCCACAUUUCUUCCCUAUUUCCACCCCCCCGCCCUCCUUCUUUCCCAGACUACUGGACAACAAAUACGCUCAUCUCAGUGUCUUCAUCCUGUCAUCCAAUGGGAUUACAGAAUGGAUACAACAGACUUUAGUGACAGAAGUGACCCAUGGAGAGACGUGAACGACAUGCUUGUGAUACGUGGCCUGUGGAGCCAGUUGUGUGUUUGGGUGUAUAGUGUUCAUCUGUGGACUGUAUUGGCCCUCACUGCUUGGACAGUCACAUGGUGUAUAGUGUAACAUGCUGCCUAAUUCCACUGUCUAAACAUUACAGGCCAGAAUUAAAGAACCGACUGGAAGAUUUUUUUUUUUUUUGCGUGAAAAAUAGAAACGUUUUUCUUUUUUUCCUCUCUGUUUUUUUUUUUUUCUUCCUUUGCUGGAAAAGCUACUGGAAAGGGAAACGGGAGAUGCUUUUGGUUCAGUCCUAACAUUAUCAACUCAAAAUCAGUACUGUGUUUCUCUUUUCUAUUAUUUUCUUCCUGCAUCUUUACAUCUCUGUCCUAAGCCUAAAUAUGAACUGACUCUGGACAGUCAGGACGGUACCAGAAAAAGUAUUACAUCAUGUUCUGAUGAAAGAUAUAAAUGCAUAUGUAAAAAAAAAAAAAGCCUUUUGUAAUGAAAAUCUUCAAAGAGCUUCUGUACAGAUGACCUUUAAAAAGACUUGAUGAAAGCCAGUUGUACAAGGAAAAAAAAAAAAAAGAAAAAAUCAAGAAUAACUGAAACGUGUUUGUUUUGAUGGAAUGUUACAGUAACAGCUGAAAAAAAGUGCUCUAAUUUUACAGAUGUAUACAGAAAGAAAAUAUUAAAAAAUUCCAAUAUUGAUUGCUUUAAAAGGAGGAAUUGAGCUGGAUUUUGAUGCAUUUUGAUCUUCACAUUUUGAAUGUAAUAUUCAGACUAACUGCUGUUUGUGACAUUGACUUGUCUAAUC